AAAACCAUUCUUCGCAUAAACCUCAAAACCCUAGAAAGCUUUCUCGGCCGCACCGAUGGCUCGCUCCGCGACCUCUCUCCUUCUUCGCCGAUUCCUUCGCCAUCCUAUCCCUUCUCCUUCGCCUCUUCUCAGCCAUCGCCGCCCUCUCUUCUACUCCUCUCUUUCUGCGCCUCAAUCCUCCUCUCUUGUUUGGAGCCGAGCGGUUUCGCAAGCUUUAGAGAAACCACAGUCCCUGACAUCCUUGAGAUUCGCCUCUGCAAAUGCGAAGCCAAAGCUGAGCGCGGAUGAUAACAUUAGCAAGGUUCUUUACUCGGAGAUUGAUUGCGCCGAGAGGGAAUGUGUUGAUGGCGAGGAUUUGGAUCUGCCAAAGGGCUUUCCUUUUGAGAUCGUGGAUAAUCCUGGUGAUCAAUCAAUCACCCUGAAACGAGAAUUUGCUGGUGAGAAAAUUCAAGUUAAUGUCUUUAUGGAACUAGAUGAUAUGGGUGAUAUGAAUGAGGAUGAUGAGGAUGAUGGUAAUGACGAUGAUGAUCAUGAGGAUGGUAAUUCUCCCAUGCCAAAAAUUUCUUUGAUCGCUCUGAUUGACAAGGGGGAGGGACCAUCCUUAGAAUUUUGCUGUGACUUGGCUGCUGAUGGACUUCAUAUUGAGAACAUGCUAUUGAAGAGAGACGACAGUUCAUCUGAGGAGGGAAAUGCUUAUGAAGGACCCGAGUUUUCAGAUUUGGAUGAGAACUUACAGAAGGCUUUCUACAAGUACUUGGAAGAGAGAGGAAUUAGUCCUUCCCUGCGUGAAUUCUUGCAUGAAUACAUGACUCAAAAGGAGGACAGAGAGUAUUUGAAUUGGUUAAAGAAUAUGAAGAGCUUCAUUGAGAAAUGAGGUCCAGGCACCUCUUCUAACUUCCAGGAAGUCGAGGGCGAGUUUUGAUCAAGCACUGCUCUUUAAGUAAGUGAUGGUCGAGAUAAAAGCUAGAUGUUUUAUGGCUCGAUACCAUUGAAUGGAAAUAAAUUACUUUUGACAAUAUGACUUACAUCGUGAUAUGUAUUUCAGUGGGGUAAAACCUUUUUCUUCUUCUUCUUC